UGCCUCUCGCGGACACGGUUUCGGGCCUGAGGUUGGAGCUCGAGCCCUGCACCAUGCCAAGGGAAAGGAAGGAGAGAGAUGCCAAGGAGCAGGACAUCUUGAAGGAUGAAGGUGGCACCGAGCUUACCGUUCGCUCCAGGAAAAGGAAGGCAAAUGUGGACAUUUUUUUACAGGACCCUGAUGAAGAAGUUGCCAAAGUUGGCAGGACUGUGAACGACCAGUCUGGCAGUCAGUCCUGGGACAAUAAUACAGCAUGUGCAAACCCUUCCUUGAUGCCCACACCUAACAAACAAGAUGGUGAGCCAGAAUAUCCAAAGUCUGCCUUUGUGCCUCGGAAACCUGCCCCGCCACCCAGGGCCUCGCCGCUGCCUGUACUGGACUGGGCAAAUAGAGAGGAAGUUUGGAAAAUCAUGUUAAACAAGGAAGAGUCGUACAUGCGCGAUGAGCACUUUUUGCAGCGACACCCUCUUCUACAGCCUAAAAUGCGAGCAAUUCUUCUGGAUUGGCUAAUGGAGGUGUGUGAAGUCUAUAAACUUCACCGGGAGACAUUUUACUUGGCACAAGAUUUCUUUGAUCGGUAUAUGGCGACACAAGAAAAUGUUGUAAAAACAGUUCUACAACUUAUUGGGAUUUCGUCUUUAUUUAUUGCUGCCAAACUUGAGGAAAUCUAUCCUCCCAAGUUGCACCAGUUUGCUUAUGUUACGGAUGGGGCUUGUUCAGGAGAUGAAAUUCUCACCAUGGAAUUAGUGAUUAUGCAGGCUCUGGAGUGGCGUUUAAGUCCCCUGACCAUUGUGUCCUGGCUCAACGUGUACAUGCAGGUUGCAUACCUAAAUGAUGAAUAUGAAGUGCUGCUGCCGCAGUAUCCCCAGAGUAUCUUCAUACAGAUUGCAGAGCUUUUAGAUCUCUGUGUCUUGGAUGUUGGCUGCUUAGAAUUUCCUUAUGGUGUCCUUGCUGCUUCUGCCUUGUACCAUUUCUCUUCCUCUGAAUUGAUGGAGAAAGUUUCAGGGUAUCAGUGGUGCGACAUAAAGAAAUGCGUCAAAUGGAUGUUUCCAUUUGUCACAGUUGUAAGGGAGACAGGAAAUGCCAAAGUAAAGCACUUCCGGGGAGUUCCUGUUGAAGAUUCCCAUAACAUACAGACUCAUAUCAACAGCUUGGAUUUGCUGGACAAAGCCCAAGCAAGGAAAGCCAUACUAUUGGAACAGAAUAGGAUUUCUCCCAUCCCGUCCGGAGUCCUCACUCCGCCUCGGAGCAGUGAGAAGCAGAGCGAGGAGCCAGACACGGCAUGA